UACGAGGUGGGUUGGGGGAGAGAAACCCCGCCUCGAAAAGUGGGUGGAGCCAAGAAAAGGAAGCGGCGGGGGAGGAGCAAGAGGGAGAUCAAUCAACGAAAGUAACCCCGCCCCCGACCGGAUUGGAAGUAGCCAAUCCCCGCGAAGCUGCGCCGCUUCCCCCCCUCCACCCCUUCGUUGCGGCGCGGCGAUGCCGUCGCGUCUGCGUCUAACGUCAUAGCCAAGCGCGGCUAACAGCUUCCCCGGCACCCCGCCCGGCUUUGGGCCUUUCGCGUCGCUCAGGGAGAGGCCGGUUCCACUUCCUGGGGCGUCCAGCUCGCUUCCGCUUCCUGGUCGCCCUCCCUCCCUCUUGCCUCUCUUUUUUCCGCCCCCUCUCAGGGGUCGUGGAGCCGCGCCUGGGAUGGCUCCUCGGCUGCAACUGGAGAAGGCGGCCUGGCGCUGGACGGAGACGGUGCCCCCCGAGGCCGUGACCCAGGAGCACAUCGAGGCGGCCUACCGCGUCGGCUUGGAGCCCUGUCAGCGCGGAGCCUGCAGGCGAAACUGCCGAGGAAACCCAAACUGCCUAGUAGGAAUUGGUGAGCACAUCUGGCUGGGCGAGAUAGAUGAAAACACCUUUCACAAUAUUGACGAUCCAAAUUUCGAGAGGAGAAAAAAGAAUGCCUUUGUGGGCCUCACAAACCUGGGUGCCACCUGCUAUGUCAACACUUUUCUGCAGAUGUGGUUCUUGAAUUUGGAGCUCCGCCAGGCGCUCUACUUGUGUCCAAUUGCCCGUCCUGAGUACGUGACACCAGAGGGCACCGCAUCAAACAAGGAUUAUGAGCCUCAGACGAUUUGUGAGCACCUCCAGUACUUGUUUGCUUUGCUGCAGAACAGCAAGAGGCGCUAUAUCGAUCCAUCAGGGUUUGUUAAAGCGCUGGGUUUGGACACAGGUCAGCAACAGGAUGCUCAGGAGUUUUCCAAGCUGUUCAUGUCCCUGUUGGAGGAUACCCUCACCUCACAGAAAAACCCAGAUGUGCGAGACAUUGUCCAGAAGCAGUUUUGCGGAGAGUAUGCCUACGUCACAGUCUGCAACCAGUGUGGCAGAGAAUCCAAACUUAUAUCAAAAUUUUAUGAACUUGAGUUGAACAUCCAAGGCCACAAGCAACUCUCGGACUGCAUCACAGAGUUUCUGAAGGAAGAAAAGUUGGAAGGGGACAACCGCUACUUCUGUGAGACCUGCCAGAGCAAGCAGAACGCCACCCGCAGGAUCCGUCUCCUCAGCCUCCCAUGCACCCUCAACCUGCAGCUCAUGCGCUUCGUGUUUGACAGGCAAACAGGCCACAAGAAGAAGCUGAACGCCUACAUCGAGUUCUCAGAAUUGCUGGACAUGGAGCCCUACAUGGAAGACAAAGCCAGCAACUUUGUCUAUGAGCUGAGUGCAGUCCUCAUCCACCGUGGCGUGAGCGCCUACUCCGGCCACUACAUUGCCCACGUGAAGGACCCUCAGACGGGAGAGUGGUACCGGUUCAACGACGAAGAGAUAGAGAAGAUGGAGGGCAAGAAGCUGCAGCUGGGGGCAGAAGAAGACCUAGAGCCUUCUAAAUCUCAGACUCGGAAGCUCAAAUGUGGGAAGGGGGUUUACCGCUCUCGGAACGCCUACAUGCUGGUGUACAGGCUGCAGACGCGGGAGAAAUCACUGAGUGUUGAAAUUCCAGCUUUUUUGCAAGAGCUCGUAGAGAGGGACAACAGCAAGUUUGAGGAGUGGUGCACAGAGAUGGCCGAGAUGCGCAAACAGAGCGUGGCCAGGGGCAAGAUCAAGCACGAGGAGGUGAAGGAGCUCUACCAGAAGUUGCCUGCCAAAGCUGGCUGCCCCUAUGACUUCGUGUCUCUUGAAUGGCUGCAGCAGUGGCUGGAUGAGUCGACUCCCCCCAAGCCCAUCGAUAACACGGCCUGCCUGUGCUCUCAUGGAAAGUUGCACCCGGACAAAAUACCCACCGUCAAAAGGGUCUCUGAAUAUGUCGCUGACUACUUCUACAAGAGAUAUGGAGGAGGGCCCAGGCUGACAGUCAAAGCACUCUGCAGGGACUGUGUGGUGGAGAGGUGCCGAGUCCUGCGGCUGAAGAACCAGCUGAACGAGGACUACAAAACUGUCUCCAACUUGCUGAAGGUGACCGUCAAAGGGAACGACGGGUUUUGGGUUGGGAAAUCGUCAUUGCGGAGUUGGCGCCAGCUGGCCCUGGAGCAGCUGGAUGACCCAGACGAGGAUGCCGAUCAGAGCAACGGCAGGAUGAACGGUGAUGCCAAAAGCAAAGAUGAAUCCAUCGCCGAGAAGCGGGAGGAAGAGGACCUGAAGUUCAAUGAGGACAUCAUCUGCCCCCAUGGCAACCUGUGCAUAUCAGAGAACGAGAGGAGGGUGGUCUCCGGAGAAGCCUGGGAGAAGCUGCAGCGCUACUUCCGGAAUGCCCCUGAGUUCCCAAACAGCAAAGACUCCUGUUCUCAGUGCAAGAUUCUGGAACGGGAAGGGGAAGAGAAUGAGGCCCUCCACAAAAUGAUGGCUGGUGAGCAGAAGGCAUCUCUCCCAAACCUCUUCCAGGACAAAAACCGGCCUUGCCUCAGCAGCUGGCCAGAGGAGGUGGACGAGCUGUACGUCGUCUCAAAGUUCUUCGUGGAAGAAUGGAGGAAAUUCGUGAGGCGGCCUACACGUUGCAGCCCUGUCUCCUCGGUCGGGAACCGGGAUCUUCUCUGUCCACAUGGCGGCCUGAUGUUCACGUUUGCCUCCAUGACCAAAGACGAUUCUAAACUUAUAGCUCUGAUAUGGCCCAGCGAGUGGGAGAAGAUCCAAAAGCUGUUCGUGGUGGACUACGCCAUUCGAGUUGUCCGGAGGCAGCCCGCGGAUGCCAGCCCCGAAGCCCCGCUCUUCAUCACCGAACCUGAGCUGUGCUCAGAAUGCAGAGAAGGGCUCUUGUGCCAGCAGGAGCGGGACCUGAGGGAGUACGCCCAGGCCACCAUCUACGUGCGGAAAGUGGUGGACAACAAAAAGGUCAUGAAGGAUGCCGCCCCAGAGCUGAACAUGAGCAGCUCUGAGGCAGAGGAGGAGCGAGAGGAGGCCCGCCUGGAAGGGGAGCAGGAUCCAGAUUUUAACCAGGCCAACAGCAAUACGAAACGGCAGAAAAUGUCGCACGCAAACUACAUAGUUUACCAAAAGCAGGGGAUCCGCCGGAGCACGCGGCACAGGAAGGUGCGCGGGGAGAAAGCCCUCCUGGUGUCGGCGAACCAGACGUUGAAAGACCUGAAAAUUCAGAUCAUGCACGCCUUCUCCGUUGCUCCUUUCGACCAGAACCUGUCGAUCGAUGGGGCGAUACUCAGCGACGACUCGGCGACGCUUGGCAGCCUCGGAGUCACUCCGGAGUCCGUUGUUUUAUUAAAGGCAGAUGAACCAAUUGUGGACUAUGCAGCAAUAGAUGAUGUAAUGCAAGUCUGCAUGCCCGAAGAGGGAUUUAAAGGUACCGGUCUCCUUGGACACUAAUGUUUUUCGACAACCGCGCCAGCAGCAGAAGUAACUGGGGUGUAGGGAGAUGAGUUUGGGCUCUGGCUGGGCAUUCCAAGAAAGGUGGACUUCAAAAAGACCAGCCAGCCGCCCAGCCCCCUUCCUGGAGGUGGGACUCCAUUCUGAAGGGCCUUGGGCCCCCUCACACACUUGCGCUGCAGGAGAGAGAGAGAGAGCUGUUCUUCGGAGGAGAGUUUCUGGCCUACUACAACCGAGGUGGAGCGUUGAGCGGUUUCAAGGCUGCACCUCUCCGUUUCCCCCCUGCAGAGGAAGAAGGGUCGGCUUGCUGCAGCAUCAGAUCUCCCCCACCUCCCCUCCUGCGACCUUCAUUUCUGGAUCUGCUCUUUCAGCGAGGCAGGUGUUCGGCUCCCUGGCAGAGGUCUUUUGAGAACUUGCAAGCUUUUCUGUUUCCAGUAGCCCUUGGCUUCCUCUGGCACUUCGUAGAUAUGCCCCCCAGGAUUGAACAGCCUACAAAAUCCCUUUCUAAAAGCCUGAGGUUUGGGGUGGGUAUGGGGGGAGAGGCACUUAUUCAGCCUGUUAUCAAAAAACAAUGCCCUCCUGUUUUGUUUUGUUUUGUUUUGCUUUUGUUUAAGCCUUCACUUCCAACAUAUUAAGAUGGGCCCCUGAUAAUUAAUCAUAGUGAAUUAUUCUCGGGAAUAACUUGAUUUAUUUUGGACCACUUUCUCUGGUGGAGGGAAGCCCCAGUUUUCAGCCCUGCCAGAUUGACCCAGGAGCCCAAGUGAGACUUUGGUGCAGGUGGAGUCAGAGUCUCCCACACACACUUGCCUCCCUUUUUCUUUGGGGUGGAGAGCAAUGCACAAACGCUUCCUUAGACCUCCUGACACAUAUCCAAAAGAGCUUUGAAAAAUGAUGAUGGUCCUGCACAACCGUCGGGGGGAGCUUUAGCAUUUCAAAAGGGUGUGACAAGUUCAUUUCCCCUUUUGUAACAGAGGGCUGUAAAUUUGGUGGUCCUACUAUACUAUCUCAAUUUGCUGUUCCGGGGAAGGCAGGAGAGGGAGCCUGCGAAAUUGGCGAGGUUUUCCAGCUGGGGCUAUGGGAGUGGGGGGGCGUUGAGGUUCGUUCUGGGUCUACCUUCGUGCUGGCCUUGGAUCCAGUGAACAGCCCUGGGUCUUUCUUUUUAAAGAGGCGAAACGUGGCACUGAACCAUCUUAUUCUUUCCCAAGGUAAAGAGUUAACAGUAAUAAUUCAGUCUGCCGUUGUGAGUGCUUUAUAGAGCAGCCUUCCUUUCUCUCCAUCUCCAUCUCCUCCUCCUUCCUCUCAGGAGCCAGGCCCAGAAGUGGUCUUAAUUGUUCUAGAUGGAAAGCAGUGAUGCAUGGACAUCUAGCCCCUGGGAGUUCUGAUAUUUUUAUUUUCCAUUUACUUCCCCCACCACCUACCCACCCACCCCCCUUUCCGGGUUUCGUAAUAUUUCCUUGAUGGGGGGGCGGGGCAGAGUGUGUCUUAAUUCACAAGGAAGACCGAUCGACCAUGCUGUGCUUGUAUAUAUGUGUGCAUACUGAGUGUGUGUGUGUGUGUGUGUGUGUGUGAGAGAGAGAGAGAGAGAGAGAGAGAGAGAGAGAGAGAAAGAUGGAGACUGACACACGAGUGAUGCCUAAAUUGUACCAAACCACCAUUUCUGCCGGUCGCAGCUCAGCAGGGGAAAUGGGCUCAAGCCUCACUCCUCGUACUUGGGACCCUCUUCUUCGUCCACACUUGCAAAAUGUUUUUGGACUAGUUUUCAGAGCCUUAUUAAAAGUGUGUCCACAUGGUCAGUCUUACCUUAUUUGUACUGUAUUGCAUAUAAAGCGUGUGUGUUUUUUUCA